AAAACGAAGUUAACGCUAAUAGCUUGUAGCCUAGCUAUGAAACCCUGCUACAGCCAAACCUAGCUGGCUCACACUUAGCGCCCACAGUUAACUGGCUAUAUAGCUAUUUUAAUAGAGUUGUUAAACAUAACCGGAUCAAAUGGUUCAUGAGACUUUGCAGCCAUGGGUGACAUGAAAACCCCAGAUUUUGAUGAUCUUCUGGCAGCCUUUGACAUCCCAGAUGCCACAGGGUUGGACGCCAAAGAGCCCAUACGGGGGAGUCAUGAGGAGACAGAGAGUCAGCUGAAACACACGGGGAUAUGUCUGGAUGUCAGUUUAUUAAGUAACCAAACUGUCACAACAGCAGAUAUCCCUGCUGUCAGUGUUAUUGUGAAAAACACAAGUCGUCAGGAGUCGCUGGAAGGAUUUGAACCAGCAUUACAAAAUGGAUUCAGUGGACAAGAUACUUCUAUUGACUCUGUUGAGGCAAACAACGAUGGCUUUUCCAAAUCAUUUGUCUCUGCUUUAAAUGGAGAGAGUCCAAGAGAACUUCUUGGAAAGGCACCUAUUCAACACAAACCUGAUGGAACACCAAUAUUUUCCCAGUCACAUUCUGAUUUUAGUCCCAUCUCCAGUCCUGAGGCUGAAGACACUCAGUGCGGUAAAGAUGAAAUGUAUCCUAAACAAGAGAGGCCCUGUUUCCCAGAUGCUUCAGAUUUGGUGGAACCUUCAAUCCCAGACGAUCCAAAAAAGCUGGAUUUCAGUAUUUUUGACGACUGUCCAAAGGACUCUGAUAUUUCCAAGAACACUCCAGGGAGCAGAGAAGAAAGUAGUAGAAGCGAGAAGUCAUCUGACAUCUGUGCCCGUAAUGAAAUGGAUAAAACACAGAAUUUACAGAGUGAACUUCCCCCACCAAGCAGAAAUCACAACUUCACUGACACAAAAUGCAAUAUAGGAACCACAAUGGACGUUCCCUCUUCUUAUCCACAUGACAAAUCUCAGACAUCUAAAUUAUCCUCAUGCCUUGAGGCUCUGGAGGCUCUGAACGCGAGAAAAGAUCCCACUGAGCAGAUUAAUUCCAGAGAGUCAUCAGCAGUUCAGAUUGACUGUCUGAAAGCAAGUCCAAACGUGCCUGUAUCCCCACAAAGCCCCAGAAGUCCACUUGAAGCUGUGAAACGGUUAACGAAACCCUCUGAUAGUCCUGCAAGCAUCUGCAGUGACAUUAGUGGCAAAGCAUCCCCUGCAGUGGCAACUGGGUCACCCCCUGCCAUACCAAGGGUCAGAAUUAAAACCAUUAAAACCACAUCUGGACAGAUUAAGCGUACAGUCACCAGUGUACUGCCUGAUUCAGAAACAGAAGUUCAGUCUGCAUGUGAAUCCUCUCCAUCACAGAGUAUGAUUAGUGAAGAUUCAUACUGUAAUAUGUCUCCUCAUCAGUCUCAAAGUGCGUCUGUUGAUAGCAUUGUUGAAGCACAAACUAAAUGUACCCCAGCUGGUACAUCUUCACCGAAAGUUUUACGCAACAAAUCAGAGGUUAACCCCCGGAAGUCGGGCAUAACGCAGUCUACAACAGUAUUCCAUAGUACUAGUGGUCCUGUCAAACGAUCUGCUACACAUCAGGGGCAGAAACCAAAGAGAGGAUCAGCCGCAACAGGGCAUACAACUAGCACCAACUUCCUCCCCAAAGCAAUGCACUUAGCUAGUCUGAACCUGGUCCCUCACAGUGUUGCCGCUUCAGUAGCUGCACGAUCCACCUCUCAUCAGCAAAGCCAACAUGCACUCUCCUCGACAGUUUGCAGCACUGUCCCACUGGUGCAUCAGGUCAAAACAGCAAACCCUUAUCCCCGCUCGUCCAUUCCGAACACAGCAGCAGGAACCUUAAACAGACUGUUGAAUAAUGCCAACCCUGUGCCUACAUAUGUGCCCAACCUGAACCCCCCUCCAGAGAGCAAUAUCAACCUACCACCACGAGGAUACUGCUGUCUCGAGUGCGGGGACUCCUUCGGGGUGGAGAGGAGUCUUGCGUUUCAUUACAGCAGGAGGAGUGUUCACAUUGAAGUAGGAUGUACGCACUGUGCAAAGACGAUGGUGUUCUUCAACAAGUGUGCCUUGUUGGCUCAUGCACGGGAGCACAAAAACAAUGGCAUGGUGAUGCAGUGCACACAGCUCCAUAUGAAACCUAUAGCAGAGGAACAGAUGUUUUUACCCCUGAGUGCUGUGACCGUGGACUCUUACACUUCACCAUUACUUAAAAGCCAACCUGUUCUGCCCCUAUAUCCUGACAAUGUCAUUCGCCACCGACUCCGUUGCCUGGAAUGUAACAAGCAGUUGUCUGACUACAAAGCACUUGCAGGCCAUUACCAGAAGGUGUCCGACGAUGUGGAAGGACUUAUGUGUAAGGUGUGCUCAAUGUUGUUACCCAACAAGUGCAGCUUCAGAGCUCAUCAACGCAUUCAUGCACACAAAUCACCUUAUUGCUGUCCUGAGUGUGGUGCCCUAAGUCGUUCUGCGGACAUACAGAAGCAUGUCAAGGAGAACUGCCUGCACUACGCUCGCAAGGCUUGGUACAGAUGUCUUCACUGCGAUAUGGUUUUUAAGACUUUUCAAGGACAAAAGACUCACAUCGAGGAGAAACACUGUAAUGUCUUUUACAAGUGCUCUAUCUGUCCAGUUGCCUUCAAGACCUCUGACGGAUGUGAAGUGCAUUUAAAAAAUAAACACAGUGCAAGCAAAAUAGCCCCUCUGUUAAUCUUUAAGUGUUCAUGUGAGACGGUUUUCAAGAAGAAGCAGCUACUGUUUCAGCAUUUCCAUCAGAAUGCAAACAAACGUGUUACGUGUGUUUUCAAGUGUCCAGAAUGUAACUCGGUCUUUCCACAAAAGCAGCUGUUAAUGCAGCACUUCAAGGGUGUUCAUGCAGGAAACAUAACAGCAGAAACAGAGGAUAAUAGUAAACAAACAGAAAAUCCUGACUUGAACCAGGAUGCUCAUUCUAUCCAACAACAGAAGAUUCACAGCUCAGUUAAACAUACAGAAAGUCCCAGAAAAAAGGCUGAACAGGACAGAAGACCUCGUGUGAAGCCCACCGGCUGGACGUGUGGGGAUUGUCUCCAGUGUUUCCCUGAACGAGAAUCCUAUAUUUCUCACAUGAAGACCAACCACGGGAAGUCAAUGAAGAAGUAUCCAUGUCGACAUUGUGAGCAGUCUUUCAACUCCGCAACCAGUCUAAGAAGACAUAUUCGCAGCGACCAUGAUGGCAGAAAGAAAAUGUACACUUGCUGGUAUUGCACAGAUAACAAGACGAUAUUCACAACGAGUGUGAUGUUGAAGAAUCACAUCAGUCUAAUGCACGGAAUCAAAAAUCCUGAUCUUGGCCAGAUGCCAAAAACAGCCAUCCAACAAUCAAAAAAGGCUUCGGGCAAGGGGCUUGCAUCAGAAAGACCAGCCAUAGACACACAGGAGGAGGUCCAGGACCACAUUUGUAGGCUCGAGGCUCCUCCAGCUAAACGUUUGAAAACUCAGUUCCGCUGUUCAAAAUGUGGUUUUGUCACAGAAGAAGGCACACAGUUCCAGCAGCAUAUACCACAGCAUAAAACGGAUGAAAACACUCCUCAAUGCCUUCACUGUGGCCUGUGUUUCACAUCUGGCCUGUCUCUCAACAGACAUCUUUUCAUUGUACACAAAGUCAAAGACCCCAAGGAAGGAGGGAAAGAAGGCGCGGAGGACGAGGCAGAGGUGAGGGAGAACAAGCAGGUUAAUCAGCCAGUAAGAUCAGCAGAUAAUGAUGAGGUCAAUGACUUGUUACCGGAGCUAAAUGAACCUGAGAACUCACAUGAGCCAUCACAGGCAAGAGAGCCAACAAGUCUGCACUGUGACAAGACCUCGGACUGUAAUUUAAAGCUGAGCACUCGCUCUCAGACACAAUCCGUCUCUCUCCAGUAGUGAAACCUCUUUUCAGCUGCUUUAAUAUCUUCGGUUUUUAUGUGAAAGUAACAAGGGAUGCUUGAUGUUCUGCAUGGAAGUGUUUUGGCCUUUCAUUUUUUUUUUUUUUUUCUCUCAAGUUAUUCAGAAACCAUGCAGUAUAUUCAAACAUAUCCUUAACAUUUAAUAAAGAACAGUAUUUUCAUAAAUUAUAGGGCAAUUUAAUAUUAUUCUUCAAUUAUUUUUAUUUAUCUUUGCAUGUUGGUAAUAUAUCCAUCUUGCCUUUCAGACAUAACUGCACACGCAUUACAGCCUUUUCUUUUUCCAAAUGUUUUCACAUGUCGCAUCCACCAUGACAGGAGACUCAGGAAUGUCUGUUAGUGUUUAGGUCUGAUUGAUGUGAAGAGGUGGAUUUUUGCCUUUGUAAUCAAUGUUUAUUUUAAUUGCUUUAAUUUUCUCUGAAGUAUUUAAUGCUACACACUAUUACCUGAAUGGGAUUCAGGUUGUUUUUAUGACAUGAAUGUGUUGCAAUUAAUUUGCAGUACGACUCUAAAAUUUCAGUCACCUUUUAUUACAAAACAUAGUAUUGUUCGGUAUUCAUUUAAAGCCGUAUUUUUGCAUCCGUGGUAAAAAAGUUAAAACUGUUCUGUGAGAUUCAAUACAGGUGAAUUGUCUUGCAAAGCCGAAGUUAGGCUACACAUAAGAACAAUACUUUUUACUCUUUUUUUUUUUUUUUUUUUUACUACUUAAGCAUUCAUGAAUGCUUUUUAUUUUUAUUGAAUAUAUUGAUUUGUGAUGCAUGUGUUGUCCCAGAUCUAGCCUAUUUUUUGUUGUUUUUUUUUAACGAUUUUUCUUUUGUUAUUUGAAUGAGUGUUAAGAGGAAACAUGGAGAGGUAUUGGAUGUGUGGUGCAGCAGUAUUGAAAAUACCUCAAAUUGCCAGAAGUGUAUUUUUCAGGCAAGUGAACAGUCAGUGUAAUGUCUAAUCAGGGUACAUUGUUUUGGAUAAUCCAAAGCAGGUUUGAAAGUUUGGCGGCAUAUCGGAGAUGGCGUUUAAUAAAUCAGGACCUGCUAACAUGAUAAUAAUACCAUAAGAUCAGAAUUUGUUAAGUCAUCAAUGUCUUCAGAGGAAAACAAAAUCUUAGAUCAUAAUGUUGGGUACUUCUUGUUUGCAUGUCCUGAUUUGUAAAGCAGCACCUCUUGUUUUGUAUUGAAUACAUGACAGUUCCUACCUCCAUGGUUAAUGGCAGUGAUUGUUAAAUGACGAAAGACUUUGAGGAGUUGCAGGUAAUCUCAGUGCAAUGUAAAAAAAAAAUAAAAAAAAAAUUAGUUUAUAAAAUGUCUUAUCCCACAUUGUUCAAUUUUAUAAAUUAUUUUGGGGAAGAUAUUAUGGCUAUAUGGUCAUAUUGACUAAACUGGCAAGUGAACUUUUCUAUUUAAGUGCUAUGUGAGCUCUUUGUUUCUCUGUAUUCUUAAAUCCUUAAUUUACCACAAUGCAGCUGUUGAACUGCAGAGGCUGAAAAGAAUGACUUGUUCACGACUUGUUAUUUUGUAAUGCUCGUCGAAAGGUAUUUGUACUUUUGAUACUGUGUACUGUACAGCAAGGACUUGUAUAGUAAAGUAACCUGUGUACAUACAGUAGCCAAUGAUCCCUGGAUUCACAGCAUUUCUUAAGCCAUUACACCUAUUCAGCAUGCACUGGCCCAUGUGCCUUGCUGUAAUGUUUACGUCAAAGUACUUACAAAUAAAUUGGUGCAUUUAACGAAA